UCCAACAUGGCGGUUCAUUGUGUUGAGCAGCUGGGAAGUUAGAGAAAUGUUAUGUUAAAUAAACAAGACAUUAUCGAAGCAAAGUGGCCUUUCGACGUAUUUAGUUAUUAAGAGGCUCUAUGUGCAACAACAUGACUUGUUGUUUGCGCUUCUUUUCAGUUACGAUUGAAAACUUAAUUCAAUGUAGUCAACAUGCUAGCCUUUGAGCUAGGUUGGCUAACGGUAGGAUAGGUUGGAGACUAGUCCUUUUAUUAAUAUAGUUUCAUCUUCAAAUUAUAGCAAUGUUGGGGUUUCUUACAGCCAGGCAGGCUGGUGUGGAUGAUCCUCUGCGACUGAGGCGUGCAGAGUCAACGCGGAGGGUCCUGAGUCUGAAGUUGAAUCCUGACAGAGAUGUUGAUAGAAUCCAUGGAAACGGCAUCAACACCAUUGACAUUGAAGCAGUAGAGGGCAGAUACAUGUUGUCUGGCGGCGCAGAUGGAGUGAUUGUCAUCUAUGACCUGGAGAACUACAGUAGGAAACUACAGUACACCUGCAAGGCAGUUUGCACUGUAGGCAGGUCGAGUCGGUAUGUCCACAAAUUCAGCGUAGAGACAGUCCAGUGGUAUCCUUAUGACACGGGCAUGUUUGUCUCGAGUUCCUUUGACAAGACCAUGAAGGUCUGGGACACUGAGACACUGAAGCCUGCAGAAGUCUUUGAGUUUGAGGGCAAUGUCUACAGCCACCACCUCUCCCCCAUUGCCAGGAAGCACAGUCUCAUUGCAGUUGGCACCACAGACCCUAAAAUCCAGCUGUGUGACCUGAAGUCUGGUUCACGGAUUCAUGUUCUUCAGGGCCACAGAGCAGAGAUCCUGUCCGUGCGGUGGUCGCCCCGAUACGAUCACAUCUUAGCCACUGCCAGUGCAGACAGCAAAGUGAAAGUAUGGGAUGUGCGUCGGGCUUCUGGUAGUCUCUUCACUCUGGACCAACACAAUGGAGACAAAUCAAAAGCAUCCUCUGAGGCAGUGAACACGGCGCAUAAUGGCAGAGUGAAUGGCCUGUGCUUCACUGGCGAUGGCCUCUACCUCCUCACCACUGGAACUGAUGACCGUAUGCGACUAUGGAAUAGUGCAACUGGGGAAAACACCCUGGUAAAUUACGGGAAGGUCUGCAACGAGAGCCGUAAAAGGCUUCAGUUCACAGUUUCCCGUGGCUGCAGCCCAGAGUUUGUGUUUGUGCCAUGCGGCAGCUCGGUGGCUGUGUAUGCCCUCCACACAGGAGAGCUGGUCACCAUGCUCAGAGGGCACUACAACAACGUGGACUGCUGCGAGUUUCACCCAGACUACCAGGCUGAUGUCAUUGUCUGGAGGCGCUUCAAGGAGCUCUAUACUGGAGGUAAAGACUGUAACAUCCUGGCGUGGGUUCCUGCCCCUCGUGCCCCAGAUGUGGAAGAAGAGUCAAAAAGUGCAAAUCAGGCUGCUGCUGACCAGUCCUCAGUGAACCCGGCCUUUCAGGAUGCAUGGAGUAGUGAUGAAGACUAAUGCUGUUUUUCUUCGUGUGGACAUACAAAGUGUCUGACUAUGGCAAUGUGCGCACAUCUUGAAGAUGAUCCUGUGGGGAUACAUGUGAAGAUAAUAACGACUUUGGGAAAAUAUCUCUUGUUUCAUCAUUGCAGGCAUAGAUAAAGAUGGUAAAUUGGAAUGUGUAAAUAAUUGUAUACUAUUAUAAAGAUGCACAAAUGGUUUUUUUCUACAUUCGAUAUUGCAUUGUUGUGAUUUUUUUAAAUUUGGAUGUAAAACUGACACGGUCCUUAGCAUGCAUAUCAAGUCUUACAUCUUGCCAAAGUCCUGUCACCAAGUUCCAAGCCAAUUUUGUAUUUUGAAUUAUUCAUAGUAGUAAUUGGGGGAAUAUCUGCAAUUUUUUUCGGCAAAUAAAAAUAUAUUUAUUGUUAGGUUUUGAGUAGGGAUGCUCCAAUCGAUCGGCCGCCGAUCGUUAUCGGCCGAUAUUCACUCUCGGCCGAUCGAUCGGUGCUCUCUAAGGCCAAUCAGGAGAGCCGAUCACAUGACGUAAAAUACACGACACUUUUCUCUGUGCGCGGCAAAACAAGCUCGCCAAAAUGGCUUCACCGGUCUGGCAGUAUUUGAAGGUGUCCGAAAAAGACAAUAAAAUAGCGGUAUGCAACGUGUGUGAAGCAGAAAUCCUGCAGCUCCGCCCGCUGUGACGGACCGGUGAGCGGAGCAACACACACACUAAGAGUUAGACCUAACACACUUAGCCAUUAUAUCUACCUCUGGAACAAGCUAAACUAGUUAUAAAUAUGUUUAUUCUUUACUGUCGGGUCACUCAUUACUGGAUCAGUGAGCUGCAUAUACUGACAGGCUAUCAGGAGAGAGAGAGGAAAAGAGAGCGCUUCCGCUCAUUUCUCCCGUGUUAUUAUCCAAAUGUAAACUUGAAUAAUGUACUUAAUUUGAAUGUAAUAAUUAUUUUGGUUGUUUGUGGAAGCGCAUCAUGUAUUGAAAAAUUAAUCUGAACUUUUCAAUCUGUUACAAUUAUAAACUGAAGCAAUAUAAAAAUGAGCCCCAUUAACUGAGUUUUAAACAUCACUUUAAAUGGAAGAUCCCCAUAGCCCCCACCCACCCGAUCGGAUCGGCAAUCGGCAUCGGCCGAUACUGAUUUCGGCUAUCGGCCCCAAAAUACCCGAUCGGAGCAUCCCUAGAUUCGAGAUCAGCAAAAUACGUAUCUAUUGUCAGUUUAAACCCCCCCACACAUGUUAUGGUGCUGACAUUAUACCAGUUUGAGACAUUUUGUAACAUGUAUGUAUACAUACUACAUAUUGUACACAUGUGGGGUGAGUCUUUCUAAGUGUUUUUUUCAACACAUUGGAAAGAGACUGACCACAUGGGAGUAACUAAUAGGUACUAAAUAGCACCCAUUGUCUUAUCAUUCCCAGCUAAAUUUACAUUUAUUUGUUAGUUCUUCUGACAGCCGUUUAAUGAAACUAGCUGAGAAAGUAAGAGUGAAUCCUUGUCUCUGUCCCACCCUCCUCAUUGUUAUACCUAUUGCCUCAGACACCUUGACCCAAAUGAGGCUUAAUACUGACGCAAAAAAUAACAAUAACACAUCACAGUCAUUAAUACAGUUAUCUUUUGGCAUAUCUAUCAAGUAAUUUUGAAUAUGAAAACAUUUUAUAUCCAGUAUACUGUUUCUGUCUCUAGCAUAAUAUCAUGAAGCAGUAAUUUAUCUUUAUCUUACAUUACCUGAAGUGUCUUGAAUUGUACAGUUUUAACUAUUAUGUCUUAUAAUAAAAACACUGGGAAUGUUA